AUGUCCAAUUUUGGUGGGGCGAGUAGCAGUGGCGAAGGCGCGGAUUCGGAAAACGCGGCGUCGAAGAGGAGAAGGAGUAGAACGAAUUUUAAUAGUUGGCAACUAGAAGAAUUAGAAAGGGCGUUCUUGGCUAGUCAUUAUCCCGAUGUUUUCAUGAGGGAGGCGCUCGCCAUGCGUUUAGACCUUAAAGAAAGUAGAGUAGCGGUUUGGUUUCAAAAUAGAAGAGCAAAAUGGCGUAAAAAGGAGCACACAAAGAAAGGACCAGGACGACCCGCACACAAUGCGCAUCCCCAGUCCUGCUCCGGCGAGCCCAUACCACCCCAAGAACUGAAAGCUCGCGAACGGGCGCGUCGACGAAAAAAGCUCCAAAAGGCGCUGGAACGACAGGCCCGCAAACUGCGUGCUAAGGGCAUAUCCGUCGACUUAGUUGCUCUUAAACGUGAAUAUUUGAGUCAAAGAGGUACGGCGGAAACGUUGGACAGUGAUAGUGAUAUAGACGUGGUGGGAGAUUCGGGGGCGGAAACCGAAAGCUUAAAAGCCGCCGAACUAGGGUACGUUAUUCCGGUUACGGAGGCUGGGGUGGAUCUCACCGCGGGACCACCCGACGAAAAAACGAGAAGGGCGAAUCCUUUUAGUAUAGAAUCAUUACUGAACACUUGAAGUCCUGUGCGGAACUAAACGGUGCAAUAACUUGUAUAAAAAUACUUUUUAUUUAUAUUACUAAGUAUAGGUUAAGCAAUAAACUCCUUUUUUUUCAUUACGCUUUCGCUGAGGAAUAGGACUUUCACUAUCGAUUUUCAACGCCGCAUUGCAUCAAACUAAUUUCGUUUAGGGACCUCGACCUGUUGAGCUUUCGACAAAAGAAAAUGUAGACAUAUCAAAACUAGUGAUUCGGCAAUACUAAAUUCUAUUUAUUAGUUACAAUUAAUAAAAGUGAAAGCGAUCGAGUCAUAUCAAUUUCGUUCUACGCAGUUCAUUGCUUAACCCGUACGUUACAAACCUCCCCCAAUUAUUAAAUUGUAUUUUUGAUGUUUUAAACAAAACUGUACAUAACACAACCCCUCUUGUAAAUAUCCUUUCGCAUAAUUCUAAUAUAUUUAUUAUUUAAUAGAUAAAAUAAAAAGAGGAAUGAACUAGUUCAGCAAUACAAUUUCAAAUUUGUUAGGCUAGUGUUUCAUUGUAUGUGCAUGUACCUAACGUACUGUUUUAGUUAAGUCCCAAUUUUGAGUUUAACAACAGUAUAUUUCGCGAUGGUCGCGUGUUUCCAGUUACGGUUUCAGAAAUUAAUUAUUGCCACAACGAAUGUAUUGUUGUUAGCUUAAAAUUGUGCCGUCAGUGAUCUGCAUACAUACUAUUAUAUCAAAAAACGAAAAUACAUUAUUUAUUCAAAGU